UUAACAAUAUUUCCCUCAUUUUAUUUCCAAUAAUUUCUUCCAUUAUCGAAGAAAUUUAGAUUUUGGCAUGGAUGCGUUGACGUCAUAUUAUUAAGUUGACAGCAAAAUAGAUCGUUCUGAAACUCGACCCGGGUAACUUUCUGGACUAAUGAAAACGACUGCGAUCAUGAAUUCGACAUCAAUGACAAAUAUAAGCUACACUGAAGAAGAAAUUAACAGCUAUCUGGAUGAAUUGUGCCAUGAAGCCAGACUUAGAUUCAUGCCUGCUAUAAUAUUUGUUGGUAUUUUAGGAUUGAUUGGUUUAGUAGGUAACACACUAGUUUUAAUCGUAUAUUAUAAAUCGUUUAAACCUAAAGCGACUCGGUCGUUUAUUCUUUGUGUAACGGUUUUCGAUUUGACCACCAAUGUCGUCGUUAUUCCCAAUCAAAUAAUAGAGUACGGCUUCCAAUACAGGUAUCCUACAAAUGGACUGUGUGUUUUUAAUAAUUUUAUGAGGUAUACAAUGGCCUAUGGUUCCACGUUAUCGCUCGCUUUGAUAUGUUUUCAACGUUAUAACAAAAUCUGUCGACCCUUGAAACGACAAAUAGAAGAAAGAACGGCUUGUAAAUUGGUUAUCGCGUGUAUCGCCUUGUCCAACAUCUUAGGCAUUCCAACGUUCUUUCUCUUUAAAAUGAAUGUUAUUGAAACGGAUCGUGUCGGCAUUCUGGGUCGAGUUUGUGAACCUAGUGACGUGUUGAAAGACUCGAUAUUUCCCUUUAUUCAUUCACUUCUCCAAUUAAUCACGUGCAUCUUGUUUGAAACCUUCUUCAUUGUUUUAUAUAGUUUAAUAGGAUUCGCUAUCUACAAACAAAGAAAAUUUAGGAACGAAUUGCAAUUAUACGGGGCACUCGAUAGGCCGAAAUGCAUGACUCGGGAAACAGGUAGACAGAAAGUGACGAAGAGGCAUAAAACUACAUUCAUGAUGGUGAUCAUAACAGCAACGUAUGUGUUGUGUUUUUUACCAGUUAUAAUUCUAAAUACAGUGGACAGCGUUCUACAGUUUAGAAAGAACCUGACGGGCGCUAAGUUCAUCUCUUAUAUUAUAAUCGUUAACGUAUUUUAUAUCAAUGCCGCGGUUAAUCCAAUCGUCUUUAGCUUCAUGGACGAGCGAUUCCGUAAUGGCUUGAUGAAAUUGUUCAAGAUAAAAGCAAAGCACAAAAUUUAAUAGUAGAGGAUGUGCUAGGAUUCCGUAAUAAGCCCGGGUAGGUGGGGUUCUGUCCCUUCUCUCUCGGGCGGUUGGAUGGCCGAAUGGUUAG